AUGAACUCACACUCACAACAUAUUGGUAAUUUCAAAGCAAUUACUAAAUAUUCUAACCACGCUGAAGCUUUGAAUUUAUUAAAAAAAUUAGCUACACAGGUUGAUACAUUGGAAGAAUUUUGGCCGGCGGAAAAAAAUUUACUUGGGAUGAAUUUAAAUCAUGGGGAAUCAAUACAUAUUCGUUUACGUCCACAUUAUGAUGAUAGAAACUUUCUAGAUUUUAAUGAUCUUAUUGGAACUAUGUUACAUGAAUUAACACAUAAUCAAUGUGGACCACAUGACGCAGCAUUUUAUAAAUUAUUGGAUGAAUUAAAUGAUGAAUAUGAUGAACUUUUAUCUCAAGGUUUUAUUGAAAAUGAAUACUUUUCAGGUCUUGGUUAUAAGGUUGGAUCAGGGAUUUAUAAUAAUAUCACACCAGAAAUGGCUAAACAGAGAGCAUUAGAAGCAGCAGAAAAAAGAAGGAAAAUAGAAGGAAUUAUGACAAAUGGUGGAGUUAAACUUGGUGGUUUUGAUUGGGAAAAUUAUGGAAUAUCAAUGAGAGAAUUAACUUCUAUGGCAGCCGAAAGAAGAAGAAGAGAUAUGAUUUGGUGUGGAAAAAAUAAAUUACCCCCAAUCAAAUGGAAUUGUCCUUAUUGUACAUUUCUUAAUCAACCAUUGGCUUUACAAUUAAACAUUGAGGAUAUUACAAAUUCACAUUCACAUUGGUAUUGUCCUGAAUGUGGAUAUCCGAAUGAAGCUGUUAAUGUUAUGUCUCAUUUAUAUAAAGAUCAACCAAAUAAGAAUGUGGUAUUAGGAGAACAGUCCAAGUCUAUAGCUACCUCCGUGAAUUCUAAAACCAAAGACGCGUUAAAUGAUGUUCAUGAUAUUCGAGAAAGUAAUCUUAUCGAUACUUUAUUAUGUGAUCCGAAUUUUGGAACUGAUACGGAUUCUUCUACCAUUUCUAUACAAAAUAUUGAAAAAAUUCCUUCCAAAAAUACAAUUCCGCUGAAAGAACAAAGUGAAACUCCUUCAAGAGCCGGAUCAAGUUCAACUAAUAUGAAAAAUAAAUGUCGACAACCAUUAAAUUCAUCAAAGAAAGUUUAUUCUUUUACCGAAUUACUUAUUUAUCGGUUUUCACCAAUUGCCAAGGAUAUUAAAUGUUACUUUAAUUCUGAUGCUGUAGAAUAUAAUUUAUUAUUGGUAGAGAAUUCUAAAGAUGAUAAUUCUUCAAAUCGACAACCUGGAAUAAGUCGAUCAGAAAGAAAAGUUUAUAUUGUACCAGCUUUAAGAAAGCAUAAUGAACAAUCAUUAUCAUAUUUACCUCUUAUUAAUGAACUUAUAGAAGCACAAAAUAGAUGGAUUGCUUUAAUAAUGGGAAGAAGUUUGAGGAAAAAAGUUAAAAAUCAAUUAAUCGAUUGUAAAGAUUUCAAGAAUAUCUUUACUAUUCAUUUUAAUAGUAAAGAGAAUCAUGAUGAUAAAUGUGUUUCUAAAUUUAUAGUAGAAAGUAUUCUUCAGGGUAAAGACUGUGCUUCUUAA